AGCUUGUGUGAUCCACACCAAAAGAGCACGGCGAAAUCCAGUACGCACGGACAAUAUCCCGAGAAAGAAAUAACUGAACGGACUUUAACGGGACAGCAAGUAAUACCGAGGGCCCGUCUAUCGCCUGAUAGAGGCUACCCCGGUUCAGUUUUGUGUCACCGAAUAUCUUUUCUCAAGAAAAAGCAGGGAGCCCGAGCCCACCGCGUUGUGGGUGUAUGUGUGUGUGUCUAAACCCCGGUUUGGAUCACGAUGAUGCAAAGUGCGGCGGUUCUACCAGCAGAGAAUCCAGUGAAGGGUUUACCGGAGAUACUCGGAGUGCCAAUGCAACAGAUCCCUCAGUGUGCGGCGUGCAGCCAACACAUCCUGGAUAAGUUCAUCCUCAAGGUGCUGGACCGACACUGGCACUCCAAGUGUCUCAAGUGCGCCGACUGUCAAACGCCGCUGGCGGACAAGUGUUUCUCGCGGGCAGGGAAUGUAUACUGCAAGGAGGACUUCUUCAAGCGUUUUGGGACAAAGUGUGCCUCGUGCCAGCAGGGGAUCCCUCCGACGCAGGUAGUGCGCAAGGCGCAGGACUUUGUGUACCACCUGCACUGCUUCGCCUGCGUCAUGUGCAGCCGGCAGCUCGCCACAGGGGACGAGUUCUACCUCAUGGAGGACGGACGGCUCGUCUGCAAGGAGGACUACGAGACCGCCAAACAAAAUGAUGAUUCCGAGGCCGGAGCCAAGCGUCCACGCACGACCAUCACCGCCAAGCAGCUGGAGACCCUGAAGAGCGCGUACAAGAACUCUCCCAAGCCAGCGCGCCACGUCCGGGAGCAGCUGUCCUCAGAGACCGGCCUGGACAUGAGGGUGGUGCAGGUGUGGUUCCAGAACCGCAGGGCGAAGGAGAAGCGUUUGAAGAAAGAUGCUGGUCGGCACCGCUGGGGGCAGUUUUACAAGAGCGUCAAGCGCAACCGCGGCGCUACCAAAGCCGAAAAGGAGAGCUCAGCGGACGACGCCGGCCUCAGCGACAGCGAGCUCAGCUUCAGGGAGGACCAGAUCCUGUCUGACCUGGGCCAUACCAACGGGCUUUACGGGAGCGUGGGCGAUGUGGCCAACGGGGGCAUGCUGAAUGGAGGCUUCUCAUUGGAUGCCGCUGGUCAGCCCUAUCACGACAUGAGGGCGGGCAGUCCUUACGGCCUCCCCCAAUCACCUUCCUCCAUCACCUCCCUGUCCGGCCACACUCCCCUGCUCAACAACCUGGGCUUCUCCAUGGACAGUCUGGUGGGGCCUGGGGGGCCAGGGGGCCCGGGGGGGCCAGGGGGGGUGGGGCAGGCCCUGAGGGCCAUGGCUGGGGGGCCGAACUCUGACCUCUCCACAGGAAGCAGCACAGGCUACCCAGACUUCCCCACUAGCCCCGCCUCCUGGCUGGAUGAGAUGGACCAUUCCCAGUUCUGAGGAACCCUGGAACAAACCAUUGUAACAAAUUUGAGGGGUGUGGGGGGGGGGGGAGGAUGAAAUGAAGAGACUGGGAUUGGGUUGGGACUGUUGGAAGGCUUUUUACAUUUCUAUCACCCUGAGAGAGUGGUGUCUUAUUUAUUUUAUACUGGAGGAAGAGGAGGAGGAAGAGGAGGAGGAAGAGGAGGAGAGGAACUCUUCUGGCAAGUUCUGCCUUUGGCCAAUCGCAAGAAGACGACCGCAACGACCCACCUGACCACAGCAGUGUGCUGGAGACUGGCAGGUGUGUGUGUGAUGUCCUCACACAGACAAAACACUACUGAAUAUUCCCAUUGUCAUACAGUACAUUUAGGUUUUCAUGCCAUUUUAUUUUUAUUUAUUUUUCAUUUAUUGUAACUCGAAAUCUCCAGCUUGUAUGAGGUGAUGUUGUCAUCCGAUGUAGAGCAGCAAGACUGGGCCAGGUAUCAGCCGCGACGUGGAAGCCACGAUCUGGACACAGAACUCUUAGACAAACAGGAUGGUUCUUGCUUGUGGGUGUCUCUCCCUCUGUCAGUACAGGCCUCUCCAUGGCGAUGCACUUUAGACUCCUCCUGAUUGGUCAGGGCAUACUGUAGGCACAAAGCUAGCUGACUGCAGUGUUUCAUUGGUCAUGAUACUCACCUAUGGCAGCAUGAGUGUAGGGUUCCCUGUGUUUGUGUUUUUAGAUGUACGGAAAAAGCUUAGCUUACCAUGCUAAGUCUGCCUAACUGUCUGUCUGUUGUGAACUGCUUGCAGGGCAUGACAAGUACCUUUUAGAGGAUUCUCAGAAGUGAUCGUUUUCAACACUGACGUAGAGGCUUGAAUUUACAUUGCGAAGAGUCUCAUCCAGUUAGUAUUCUCCCCUCCCCUCCCCUCCUCUCCUCUCCUCUCCUCUCCUCUCCAGGAUACAUGCCAGUAGGAUUAAGUGACUUCACGCUGAGCUCUGCUCUUAAGAGGAUGACUGUUGAAGUUGUCAUAGUAUCUGAUAGAUAGUCGUGUGUUUUCCAGAAUACAUGUUAGGAACCACAGUGAUAUACUGGUGUUUACUGGAACCAACGCCGCCACACUGUUCUGACAACAGGCUGAAGUAAUACCAGCAAUAGUUGUCGAUCAAAUAUCUUCACUAGUAGUUUUGUCCGUUUAGAU